CAGGAGGAGUGCAUCCAUCUCUCUGACAGGCAUAUAUUCUUUUUUUUUGGAGUCACUUGACCUACAGGAGUGUCACAAGAAGAAAGGGUGGCAAACCCAGACUGGGACCAUCAUGGGAAAUGAACACUCAUCUCCUGAAGAAGUAACUGAGAAUGGGACAAUUCCAGAAAAACAUGAAAAUGGAUCAGUGAAUGGCAUCUCUGCAAGCAUCACACUCAAUGGACUGGAGGCUGAUGUCAAGAGUGACAUCACAGUUCAUCAGAAUGGCAAGCUGCAGUCUCCAAAACUUGAGACGAAAGCUGAAGCCGAUAAUGUGACAGCUGAACCAGAGCCGGAACCGGCUCCGGCUGAAAGUGUGUCUGAAACCACUGACUCCCCACCAGCCGACACGGAACCAGUCAAGAAACGCAAAGAGAAAAGUCAUGGUUUUGGCAAACUCUUCAAAAAGAAAGACCGUAAAGCGGACGAGAAAACCGAGGUUCAGGAAAAGGAAAAGAUCUCCAGUGAAGAGCAAGUGGAUGCAAGUCAGCUUCACAUUGAGCCUCAGCAGGAGACGGCAAACGUAAAGCAAGAGUCGGAACCUGUGACUGAGCCAGAGGUCGGAGCGACGACAGAGUCGAGUCCAGAGGAACAGACAGUUCCUGCAAGCGAGAACGGAAACGAUCAGCCUGAGGAAAGCCGAGAGGAGAGCGAGCCAGAGGAGAAUCCAGUUAUGAACUUCUUUAAAACACUAGUUACUCCCACAAAAACACCUAAAAAGGAAACAGCUGCUCCCGAUGCCGCAAAAGAUCAGUCCCAGAAGGAGACCACACCUGCAGAAGCCACCACUUUUGCACAGACAUCAGAACAGUCUGCAGCACCCAAAGGAAUGCCUGCUCCACCCCCGCCACCCCCAGAGCCUCCCAGACUGGAGACCAAAGGAGAACCAGCUUCCAAAGCUGCAAAGCCAACACAAAAAGAAGAACCAAAAGCUUCUGCAAAAGAACCCGAGUCCGCAAAAGGAAAAUCGACAAAAGAUGCUCUGAGUAAAUUCUUCCGACCAAAGACCAUCAAGGAGGAAGCACAAGCUAUUGAAGUAGAGGUACAGCCAGUUGUAGAAGUACAGGAGACAGCAGUGGAGGCACCAGAGCCUGUUGUAGAAGUGCAGGUUGAAUCUCAGCAAGCUGCUGUGGAAGUGGGCAAGCAAGUUGGAGAAGAGGAGAAGGUGGAUCCUUCCAAAUCUGGCACUCUGGAGGCAGCAGCGAAGCCAGAACCACCUCCACCUGUUCAGGAGGAAAAGAAGCUAACCUCCAAAUCAUCUUUCAUGUUUCUCUUCAAGCCCAAAGUACUGUUAGAUACCAUGACCACAAAAGUCCAAGCAGCCUCCACAAGUGGAGUUCGACUCCUCAAGAAAUCAACUGGCCUGGCUGCCGACCCCAAAAAGACGACUCCAACCCCGCCCUCUCCCGCAGAGUCGCCCCAGCCUGCUAAAGCUAAGGAGGAACCUAAAGCUGUGGCCAAGUCAGAGGCAGUAGUAGAUAGCAAGCCGGCGGCAGCCGCCUCUCCGGCUGGAGACGAUGCAGCGAGUCAGGCCAAAAAACUGGAGAAGAGGAACUCCAUCCAGCUGUUCUUCAAAAACCUGGGUCAGAAACGCCACUCUACAGAUGCUGGGGUCCAGACAGAACCAGCGACUGCUGCUACAACGUCUGAGAAAACCAAAUGAACCCUUUAAGUUUCCCUGUACAGAACCCCCCCGGCUGUCCCCUCCCCCUCUUUCUAGCUCUUACUUUGUCUUUGUGUCUGUCAUAUUUUGUCAUCAUCAUAUUAACUACUUUUUUAGAUGUUGCAAUAUGAAAAGGAGUGCUUUUAAAAAGGAUUCAGGAAAGAAUCGCAUGUGGGUAGAUGAAGAAAAGGAGACAUGGUGCCUAUAAAAUACUCUGCCCAACCCACUAAAAUGGCAAGUUUAUAGUGAUGUAAAAAAAAAAAAAAUCAAACCAGUACAAAACACUUCAGAUCUUUUCCCACCUUUAACACUAAAUAUAAGUUGUGCAUCUCUGAUCAAAGACAAACCAAAGUAUCUUAAAGCAAAAUAAUAAUAAUAAUAAUAAUUAAGUUGUACGCUUCUUUCUAACAAGGUUUGUGCUACUUCCAGACUCAGUAUUAGCCAGGACAUGCCUCCCAUCAUGUAACACACCUCUGAUUAACUCAGAUAUAAUUCAGCUGCUCUGUUCCUGACAUUUGUUUAGUCACAGCUUCCAGUAACAGUCACGCUCUGCUGGGAGGUUCGCAUUCAUCAGAACAAUCUCAUUCUUAAAAAUAAUUUCUGAGGCACUAGAUCUACCAUGGAAUGAAGUUGUUGUGGUAUAUGGCAUAUUUGAGGACAGUCAAUCCAUCAGUAUCAAUUUGAUGAAAAUGUUGUGUAACACAGAUAGUACUAAGAAUUGGACAUCCCUCCAAGACUGAUAAAAAGACAAAACUGACCAGGUUCAUAGCAACAUUAAAUGAGCUGCAGGAAUUUCUGUCAAGUACAACCUACAGUAAUACAGCAAUCUCAUAUGUGGCCAGAUGGAAGGCUUUAUUAUGAAGAAAAAACAUCCAAGUCUGGCUAAAAGUUCCAAAAAAAACACUUCACGUUUCCUGAAAGUGUGCAGGAAACUAUCACCAAGCAGAACACCAUCCACAGUGAGGCAUGGUGGUGACAGCAUCAUGCUCUGGGACUGUUUUUUUUCAACUGGAACUAGGGAGUUAUGAACAGUUCCACAAAUUACUUAAUGAUGGAUCCAAACCUUCAGGGUUCUGGUGACAAAAAUGAGGAGGAACUUUUCUGAACUAAUCAAUUUACCACCAACAGAACAAAUAAAAAGUAUGAAAAUGAGCAAACUUAUGCAAUAUUUUAGGUUCCUUAUUUGUAUUUAUCCUCCCCAUAAAAAUAUGCCUGUUUAUAUUUCAUUUGAGUUGUGGUUUCACUAAAGGUGGGAACAUAUCUGACAUUAAUUAUCUGAGUUUCCUUUCUUUUUUACAUCGCCCAAACCUGGCAUUUUGAUAUGGUUUGCAGGCUUUUUACAUUCACCUCACGGCAACGUGAAACCAAGAUAUUAUGGCAACUUCACUGAAAUUUAUAUUUUUGAUCAUAAAAAUACAUUGAGUAGUGCAGCAGUGUGAGUGAAAUCUUUUCUACAAACUUUUAGGCCUAAUCUGACUUUUCCGUGUUUCUGUUCUAACAUACUGGGCUUUUGCAAUAUAUGGUCAUGUGUUUUGCUUUUAGUAUCUAAUUCCUGUGCUAAAAUUGAAGGGGCGAUGCCGUGUGGGUUAUGUUAUGACAUCCAGGCACUUCUGGUACUGGAGUGGUUCCAACAAAAUUGAAAUGAAAGCUAUUUAGAAAUACUGAGAAAAAAAUCAACACCUCAUUUAAACAGCAUGUACAAGCGCAAAUAUAAAUAUAUGCUAGCAUUGAAAUACUGUGUCAUACAUGAAAUCACAAUCUUCUUUUUUCCCUUGGCAUCUUAUUGUAAAUAUCAAUGUUAACAAAUACACUGGGGAUGGCAAAGUCUCGUCCACAUCUGUCCUUUUGCAUCCUGUCAUUUAGUCUAAGCCUUAUUAUGGUGUUCGUCAUUUGUGUUUGUCACAUGUACAAUUAACUCGCUUUUGAUUGCUUCCAUGCAUGUGUAACUUCUGUCAUCUCAGAGACAAUAAACACGUUCACCCUUCA